AUGGCGCGCCUUAUACACAGGCUUUACAAUGAGCGGGCUUUUAGACGGGAGAGAGUAAUUAGGGACAGAAGCAAUCCAUUGGACAUUUACAAUGAUGAUGAGCUGAUAGAGAGGUUUCGAUUCUGUCGGAGGGAUAUAUAUGAACUUGUUGAAGAGCUGUCAGCCGACUUACAGUACAUAUCAAACCACAACGCAGCAUUGCCACCAGCAUUACAGCUGUUAAUAGCGCUACGUUUUUAUGCAAAUGGUGCGUUUCAAAACAAUGUUGGAGAUAUGAUUAAUGUCCACAAAUCCACCGCAUGUCGGGCCAUCCGCAGAGUUUCAUUGGCACUAAGCCGUCACCUUCCGCAAUCUGCUCACCUCCCCACUGAGGCCGAGUCUGCGGUGAUGAAACACCGAUUCCGCCGGGCCUCUGGCAUCCCUGGUAUUGUGGGCUGCAUCGAUGGGACUCACGUCAGGAUCCAGGCACCAUCUGAGCACGAGUAUCUUUAUGUCAACCGCAAGGGAUACCAUUCAAUCAAUGUGCAGAUUGCUUGUGACGCCAAUUAUAAAAUCUUUAAUUUGGUGGCGAGAUGGCCUGGAUCUACCCAUGACGCACGCAUCCUCCGGGAGAGUGCCUUAUACCAGGAUUUCGAGGCUGGAAGAGUAAACGGGCUGCUUCUCGGCGACAGUGGAUACCCACUGAAACACUGGCUGAUGACGCCUAUAAUUGCUCCGAGGACUGAGCAAGAACGACGGUAUAACACCAUCCACACCACCACUAGGUCACUCGUUGAGUGGUGCAUCGGAGUCCUCAAGCGCAGGUAA